AUGAAAUACUAUUCUGUCAUUUUGUAUUCUUAUUUAUUGUUUCUGUGCUUUAUUUCAAAAACCACUCAGGCUAAACCAUAUUCUGCUAUAAUUAGAUUUUUUCAACACGAAGACCCGGAUGAUUCUUUGGAAGAAUCUAAUGAGGAUCAUGAAGACGAAUCUCAUGAAGACCAGGAAGAAACUGAAGAACACGAAGAAGAAUCCGGUGAAACUGAUGAGGACAACCACGCAAAUCUAUCGGAGGAGAAGCAAGAAACAAAUCCCAAACCUGAGUCACAAUCAGAGAAAACUCUUGUUGAAGAACCCAAAAAAACCCCUUCCUGGGUCGAUGAGCCUGAUUUGAUUGCCGAAUUUGAGUCUUCUCAAACUGAACGCGCCAACGACCUAUCCAUCAAGGCUCUUCAAAAGCGGCGAGCUGCCAACUCCCUGCGAGUCUACUGCGAGGGAAUCCAGGAAGAACUCGAAAAGGCUAAAAAGAGAACCAAUGGUCUUCAAAAAUUAGAUACUUACAAAUUAACAUCGCAACUCGAGGCCAACCUUUCUAGGGCCUCCCUUUUAUACAAACAGGCCGAUUUAUUGGACGAGAAGGCGAAAGAAGCCAACAAGUCCCUGGAAAUGUUACAUUCAAAUGACAAGGACAAGAUCCUGUUGAGAGAUUGUGACAUACUAAAAAUCGGUCCACUUUCAUACUCUCCUAGAAACGAUGACGUUUUCCACAAAACGAAAGAACCUCUUAUGGCCAAAUUAACUGGAAAUUCGCUUGUUCUAUACAACAACAAGAUACCUCAACUGACAUACUAUAUUAUCGACAUGGAAAUGCCCACGAAGCCUGUUGAAUCUGCUUCCAAAUGCCUUUCAUUUGGGUACCGGGGAUCUGAACAAGUGUUCUGUGCGGCCACUGAGCAGUCAGCUCACACAUGGAUGAACUCAAUUUCCGAGGCCUGGUUCUGCAAAAACAUGGGAAUCAAAGGAAUGCUCAUCAACCUAAACAACAUCAAACCCAAAAAAGAUGAUUCACAUUCCAUUCUGAAACACGGCGUUAAAGAGAAAAAGAAGGAAAAGGGUUUAAUUAAUAUGGAAGUCAAUGUUGAUGAUAAGAACAAGGCACACCUAUAUGUUGAAGGGAAGGAAAAACCCCUUUCUGCAAUCUCAGAUAUAAUAGAUGUUAAUCAGAUAAUAAAAGGUACGAUCACAAAUAUACAAAUCAUUAAAAACAUCAAUUUUAUAGAUAAGAAAAGCAAAAAGGAGCAAUCGCAUAGAAAAAAUAAAAAAGAAUAA